AGAAACCUUUUUAACAUCUGCAACAAGAUUUAGGUGAGUGUUUGUCUACAUGCCCCGGGAGGAGAGAGAAAGAGAAAGAGAGAGAGAGAGGGGAGAGAAUCUGAAGUAUAUCUUGAUCUAGGCCUCUAGGGCUUCUCAUCGACACAACAAAAUCUCCAUGCUUAAGUGGAAUUCAUCUGUCUUGUAUCUCUUUCAUGUCAAACCAUAGGAUUGAUCUAUCCACUUGCUCCAAAACCUAUAUCUAAAUCCUAGAGCUACCAUAUCUCCGGCCCUUUUCUUAUUCUUUUUUUCUUGUUAAAUCAUAAAAGUAAGAAGGAAAAAUGAUCCCAUGUAUGGAGAGAGGGAGAAAGACUGAAGAAGAAGAGGAUGAAGAAGAAGUAGAAGAUGAAGGCGAAGAAAGUAAGGUUUCGAGCAAUAGUACAGUGGAAGAGAGCGAUAAGAAGGCAAAGGUUAGGCCUUAUGUGAGAUCUAAAGUUCCACGACUCCGGUGGACUCCUGAUCUUCAUCUUCGAUUUGUCCGCGCCGUUGAGAGGCUUGGUGGUCAAGAAAGAGCAACUCCAAAGUUGGUCCGCCAGAUGAUGAACAUCAAAGGGCUUAGUAUUGCUCAUGUCAAGAGCCAUCUACAGAUGUAUAGGAGCAAGAAAAUUGAUGAUCAAGGUCAAGCGAUAGCUGAUCAUAGACAUUUCAUCGAGACUUCCACAGAUCGUAAUAUUUAUAAACUAAGUCAGCUACCGAUGUUUCGAGGCAAUACUCAUAACCAUGAUUCUCAAUUCAGGUAUGGAAGUAUGUUCUCAAAUGCUUCACUGCGGAACUCUAGCUCUCACGAAACAAACCGGAGUUUGAUAGAUAAGCCCGGUUUAAUUCGCGGCUCAUCGGUUAGCAAUAACAUCCACGGUAGUGAAUACAUGACUAACAACAGGUCUUUCCAAAACAUCUACUCUUCUUCAAUUUCUAAUCACGUGCCGAGACUAAGACACAAUCAUCAAGAGCGAACCAAUUCAGUCACAUUCGAUGACCACAUUCAAGGACACUCAAGAAAGUUUGAAAAGUUCCCGAUCGGUAUUGAAGAGAGCACCAAUCAUACUUAUUUUAACAAGACAACGGCUAAAAGAAACGCAAGUACAAGCAUCGAUCUUGAUCUUGACCUCUCUCUUAAGCUAAGAGUACCCGAAACGACAAAUUUGGAAGAGACAAAAACAGCAGCAACUACAACGGAUCAAACGUUGUCCUUGUCUUUAUGUUCGGGCUCGUCUUCAUGGAAAAAGAGCCGAGUGAUCAAGACGGAUGAAGAGGAUUGGACGGUUAAGAUUGGAAAGGCAAGUACUCUGGAUCUGACUCUAUGAAUUAUAGUUAAGAAAUGAGACAAAUUCUAAGUGAGAUCUUGAGGUACUUAUCCGAUAUUUUAAUAUUCAGUGUCUAUUUUGUUAAUUAUUUCUGUAUUUCUUUAUUAUUAGAAAGGAAACAU